UGGGCUGUGCCUUACGCCGGCGGGAGAGGGGCGGCGGCCGUCAUGGUGUCCCCUUGGCGGGGCUGUGCAGCGCGGGGAGGGGAUGCUGCAGCGAGGGCCUGGCUGGGGCGGCCUUCCCUGAGCAGACGGGGCUUGGGCAGGAGGAAGAAAAUUCCCGGCUGGAGACUGCCCCUGCAGUCCUGAGACACAUGUUGAAACAAAGUUGGAUUUCCUUGUGAGCUCUGAAUGGUUCCCUAAGUGUCCUUCCCACACGCUGACUCCUGCGGAUACUCGCAGCCUCAUUCAGAAAUGGCCUUUCAAAGAACCGAGGGAAUGUCUAUCAUCCAAGCCUUGGCAAUGACUGUGGCAGAGAUCCCGGUGUUCGUUUACACAACAUUUGGGCAGUCUGUCUUCUCGCAGCUGCGGCUCUCCCCUGGCCUGCGGAAGGUGCUGUUUGCCACAGCUCUUGGAACAGUUGCCUUGGCUCUUGCUGCACAUCAGCUGAAGCGGCGUCGACGUCGAAAGAAACAGAUAGCUCCAGAGAAGUGUGGUCUCAAGCCUGGAGGAGUCCCUGUUCCUGUCCUGUCAACCAGAAAAGUCCCAUCAGUGAAAAAAGGAUAUUCCAGCAGGAGAGUACAAAGUCCAAGCAGCAAGAGCAAUGACACGCUUAGCGGGAUUUCCUCCAUUGAGCCCAGCAAACGCUCUGGUUCCUCCCACAGCCUUGCCUCGAUAGUGGCUGUGAACUCUUCCAGCCCAACACCAGCAGCUGCAGGGCUCUGGGAGACGGGAGCAAUGGAGGAUCCUGGAGCUGCUGGAGACUCUAGUGCUGAAAGCCUCUAUAUUCAAGGGAUGGAGCUGUUCGAGGAGGCUCUGCAGAAGUGGGAACAGGCAUUGACUGUACGGCAGAGAGACAGCAGCAGCACUUCACUCCCCUGGGAGAACAAGAAACACCAAGAGUCAAUGUCAGAGGAGUUGUCAGAGGAGUCUCCAAAAAAGGAGUUUGCUGAAAAGCUUGAAUCCCUCUUGCACCGGGCAUAUCACCUCCAGGAAGAAUUUGGGUCUACACUCCCCUCUGACAGCAUGCUGCUAGACCUGGAGAGGACCCUUAUGCUUCCAUUGACAGACGGGUCACUGAGACUUCGGACAGAUGGUGAAGACAGUUCGACUUCCGAGGACUCCUUCUUCUCUGCAGCAGAGCUCUUUGACUCCCUCCAAAUUGGGGAAAUACCCUUCCAGCUCUCCAAGCCAGCAGCUGCAUAUGAAGAAGCUGUACAUUUGGUGAAAGAAGGGAAAGUUCAUUGCAGAACACUAAGGACGGAGCUUUUAGGCUGCUACAAUGAUCAGGAUUUCCUGGCAAAGCUGCACUGUAUCAGGCAGGCCUUCCAGGAACUCCUGAAGGAUGAGAGCAACCAGCUGUUCUUUGGGGAGGUUGGAAAACAGAUGGUGAGAGGACUAAUGAUAAAGGCUGAGAAGAACCCCAAGGCCUUUCUGGAAAGCUAUGAGGAGAUGCUGUGUUAUGCACUGAAGCAAGACACCUGGCCAACGACUCAGCAGGAGCUUGAAGGAAGAGGGGUGGUGUGCAUGAGUUUCUUUGAUAUUGUGCUGGAUUUCAUUCUCAUGGAUGCUUUUGAGGACCUGGAAAACCCUCCCUCCUCUGUGCUAGCUGUCCUACGCAACCGCUGGCUCUCUGAUAGCUUCAAGGAGACGGCCCUAGCAACUGCCUGCUGGUCUGUUCUGAAAGCAAAGAGGAGGCUUCUGAUGGUACCAGAUGGCUUUAUCUCCCAUUUCUACUCCGUAUCGGAGCAUGUCAGUCCUGUUCUAGCUUUUGGUUUUUUGGGGCCCAAACAGCAACUGUCUGAGGUCUGCGGUUUUUUCAAGCACCAGAUUGUGCAGUAUUUGAAGGACAUGUUUGACCUGGACAAUGUGAGAUACACCACAGUGCAGUUGCUGGCAGAAGACAUUCUGCAGCUCUCUCGGCGGCGCAGUGAAAUCCUUCUGGGAUAUUUGGGUACCGAGACCACCCUAGAGAUGAACGGGACACUGCCCAGUGAAAAUGGAUCUCUGGAGGAGCUCCACUAAUAUCCACCAGUCGGUUAUAGGAGAGAGUGAUCUCUGGAUUUUUUUCCCCAAGAGGUGGCUAACACAUCUGGCAUGGUAACUGGUGUCAGCAAGACUUUCAUUACCCAGCAUCCGUGGUGGCAUUUAAUUGCUCAUCUUGAACUUUGUGUAGCCAGUAGUUGGCUGGGAGAGCUCCAGGACCACGUGCAGGCUUAUGGUUUGAACCUCUUGUUUGUUCCACCUCUCCUCCUUAUUUUUAAGUCAUUUUUAGGUGUCAUAAGUCAUGAAAUAUCUUGGCCCAAGAUUUCUACCUCCUGCCUCCCCUGCAGCAUACAGGCGCCUGUCUGCUAUCCAACUGUGUCAACUGGGAACAUGUCCCUGAUGCUUAUGGGGGUUGGGGGGAGUAUCAGCAAAUUCUCUACUUCACUCUUACCAUAUCAAUCCUGAGUUUGUGGGGUUUUUUUAUUAUUUCUCUAACAUGUCUCUAUGGGCACCACUACUGAUUUUAACUUAGCAAUUUUAGUGUUUGCAAUGCUACUAGCAGAUGUGGAGGAGAGGAAGAAGAAUAAUUUUCUGGCGAGGAGGAAGACGUGGUUCUGUAAUGCACUGAAGACUAGAGAAUGGAAGUAAAAUGCUGGGUUUUUUUGUAACAAGACUGAAGCUGUAAGGAGUCUG